AUGGCGUCCAGCAGCACAGCAACCGCGGCUCACGACAUCGACACGCUUAGGCAAUUGGAACGCAAGAUCAGCCAAGCAUUUGACGAAGGUCACGAUGCAGACAUACCAUCGAGUGAAGGAUACAUCCUCGACGACAGGGGCCAAAGGAAGCGCGCGCGAUCCAUCGCAGAGGUCAGGCGCAAAUCGGAAGCCCACAGCAUGGACGGAGAAGCAGCAGACCGCGAUGUGGAAAAGGCACCCGGGGCGCACGGCGGGGGCAUGCCUUUGAGCAACGACGACAUAGAUGGCAAUGACGAUCUAAAUGUCAUAUCAAUGGGCCCGACAGACCCGGAACACCCGUACCAGUGGCCCCGCUGGCGCACCUUUAUGAACGCCUUCUUGAUCAGCGCCAUGUCAUUCUUGACGCCUCUAGCUUCGUCAAUCUUCGCCCCCGGCGUCCCCCAACUACUGCGCGAAUUCCAAAACCCCAGCCUGGAAAUCGCCGCCUUCGUAGUCUCCGUCUACAUCCUAGGGUUUGCCUUCGGUCCCUUAAUCAUGGCCCCGGCGUCAGAAAUGUACGGCCGACUCGUCGUCUACCACAUUUCCAACGUCAGCUUCCUCGCCUUCGUCAUAGCGUGCGCUCUGGCACCUAACAUGAACACCUUGAUCGUGUUUCGGUUCCUGUCGGGCGUAUUUGGGAGCACGGCUAUUACUAACGGUGGGGGUUCCAUCGCGGACUUGUUCCCCCAGGAAAGGAGGGCCGUUGCCAUGGCUGGGUUUGCGGUUGGGCCUUUGUUGGGGCCUAUUAUUGGACCAGUGACAGGGGGGUUCUUGGCUGAUGCCGAAGGCUGGCGUUGGAACUUCUGGGUCCUAGCCAUCGCCACCGGCUUCCUCUCCAUCGUCAUGCUCUUCAUCCUCAAAGAAAGCUACGUCCCUGUGCUCCUGGAGCGGAAAGUGCGCCGGCUGCGCAAAGAAACCGGCAACAACCUUCUACGCUCCAAUCUCGACAUCGGUCUCUCCACAUCUGAUUACUUCAAGCGGGGCCUCGUCCGACCCGUGAAAAUGCUGCUCCUCUCGCCCAUCAUCAUGCUGACGUCUCUCUUCAUGGCCGUUACAUACGGAUACUUGUACGUCAUGUUCACCUCCAUGACCGAAGUAUUCCAGCAGUACUACGGCUUCUCUACCAGCCUCGUCGGUUUAUCUUUCCUCGGCCUCGGAAUAGGGUCGCUGGUGGGCAUCUUUGUGUUCAGCAGUACGUCAGAUCGAUACAUGAAGCGCAAAUCCGCCGAAGACGACGCCCGAGCCGGCGCCUCCGGCACAGAGAAGGAGGGGGGUAUGAAACCCGAAUACCGGCUCCCCUUCCUAUUGCUAGGCGCCGUUCUUCUCCCCAUUGGUUUAUUCACCUACGGGUGGACGGCCGAGAAACACGUCCACUGGAUCGUGCCCAUCUUCGGCACGGGGAUUGUAGGCGUUGCGAAUAUUGUCAUUUUCAUGGCUUUGCAGAUGUACCUCGUUGAUGCUUUUACCGUCUACGCGGCGUCAGCGCUGGCUGCGAAUACGUUAGUACGGUCUAUUGCGGGCGCGGUGUUGCCGCUCGCAGGGCUGCCGAUGUAUGAGAAGCUGGGGAUUGGGUGGGGGAAUAGUAUUUUGGCAUUUAUUGCGCUGGGGUUUGCGCCGGUUGCUUGGUUGAUUAUUAGGUAUGGGGAGGUUAUUAGGAAGAGCUAUCCUAUGAAGAAUCUAUGA